AUAAAACCCUAAAUUACGAUUCUCCGUCUUCCCCAACUCUGCUUUCUCCAACUCGCCGCCUCUGUAUACUAAGAGAGCCACCGUCCCUCAGGACUAGUGGUUAUGGAGCAUAAACUAGCUACUGCCGAGAAAAAAGUUCUAGUAGAAUUGGUAAAGCUAGUUCAGAAACGAGGUUUAGAAGGCGAAAAUGGAGGAUGGAAGGACUUUUUAAAUGUUUACGACAAGAAGUUCGGAUCGAGUUUGAGUGAUCCUGCAAGACGUUCCAAUGAUGUUUUGGUCGCUUUUCUUAUGUCAUUCAAAAAGAAAGAAGAUAUGCAGCUAAUAGCUAGAGUUAUGCAAUGUGGUGCUAAUCGUGAUCUAAUUGAGAAAUUCAAGGAAGAAUCUCCGGAUAAAGAGACUCCUGAGCAGAGGCUAGUUCGAUUGACUAUUGCACAUUUUCAGUACCCUACAACCUAUUCGUUCCCUUCCUUUGCCGAGGAUUGGUUUGUAACUGAGAAUGGAAAGAAGAAGUCAAAAGUGAUGAAAUCGACCAGAAUGCUUGCUAUUGAUUGUGAGAUGGUUACCUGUGAAGAUGGGAGUGAAGCUGUAGUUAGAGUUGGCGCUGUGGACCGCGACUUAAAGGUGGUUCUUGACAAAUUUGUGAAACCGGACAAACCAGUUAUUAACUAUAAGACGGAUAUUACUGGAGUUACGGCUGAUGAUCUUGAGAGAGCUACUUUAUCUGUUACAGAUAUUCAAAAAAAAUUGCGGAGGUUUCUUUCUGUGGGAACUAUUUUGGUAGGGCAUGGUUUGCAUAAUGAUCUUCAAGUGUUGAGGAUAGAUCAUGCGAGGGUAAUAGAUACUUCAUUUGUAUUUGAGUAUGCCGAUGCACCAAAGCAUCAUAGACCUUCUUUGAAUAAUUUAUGCAAGUCUGUUUUAGGUGAAGAACUUCGAAUGGCCGGUGCUGCUCACAAUUGUGUUCAUGACGCCGCAGCUGCCAUGAAACUUGUACUUGCUGUAGUAGAAAAAGGAGUAGACACUACAAUUCAACAAACUAAGGAAAUGUUGGAGGCUGAGAAGACAAGAAAUGAGGCAAGACAAGAAGCUGGUAAGACACAGCUUUUGUUUCAUAAGAUCCCUCACAAUGUUUCAUCUCAAGAGUUACAAGGAGUUCUCACCGGGAAUUUCACACUCAAUGUUAAGCCACCAAAAAAAGUAGGAGGUUAUUAUACUGCAGUCGUUGAUUUUAGUAGUCCAGAAGAAGCAAAUCAAGCAUUUGAAAAUGUUGAAGCAGACAUUGUUAAGGAUAAAGUGGGUUUGCCACAAAAAUUGGUUGCGGUUAAGCUGAGUUCAGGAUCAGAAGCUAGUAUAUUUGUUCGUAAAAAUGUUCUAGAUGAUUCUUUGAGUGAAAUAACUGCACCAAAGAGAGCUAGAACAGAAGAGAAUGAUGUGAGUUCUAAGAGACAGAAGAGAGACGAUGGAUCUGAGGAGAUCAAAGAAGCAAAUGUAAACCAAAGAGAAGCUGAUAAGAAAAAGCUCCUCCUUCAUAAAAUCCCUCUCAAUGUACCAUCUCAAGAGUUAGGAGGAGUUAUUACCGGAAAAUUCACACUUGAAAUUAUGCCACCAAGAAAAAAAGGAGGUUAUUACAAUGCUAUUGUUAAAUUUAAUAGUGCAGAAGAAGCAAACCAAGCAUUUGAUAACUUAAGAGGAGACGCAGUUAAGGAGAAAGGGGGUUUGGCACAAAAAAUGGUUGCGUUUAAGCUGAGUUCAGGAUCAGGAACUUGUUUAUACGUUCGUAAAAUGGUUCAAGAUGAAUCUGAGGAGGCCAAAGAGGAAAAUGUAAACCAUUGUGAGGAUCAUUUAAAGGAAAUUGAAGUACUGAAGGAAAAACUCAAAGCUAAGGACUUCGCAAACAGCUGUGAAGGUCACUCAAAGGAAAUUGAAGAACUUAAGCUGAAACUCAAAGCUAAGGAACAUGAGAUCAUGGCUCAGGAUAAGAUUAUAGCUAACCUCAAAGUCAAACUGGAGAAGAAACAGUCAAAGUGAUUCAACAAAGUUAGGGAGUUCCCUGCACCUGGUUUUGAUUUUGAGUAUUAAAUUUUGGCUAAUUUUUUAAGGUUAAGAGAUUUCUGAGACUAUUGUCUGCCAAGUUUUGUUUUAGAGCCAAGGAUCGAUUUUAAGAACUCAAAACACCUCACGUGACUUUGUAUUGUAUACGAUGACGCCAAUGAACACACACACACUCUCAACAAUAUUACGAUA